UCUUUCAACGCCUCCCUUACAAGAUGGCUACGGCUGAGGUGGCCGGGAGUGAGGUGCUCAGGAUGGAGGAGAAGAAGUUCGAGUAUUUCUGCUCGAUCAAUCCCAUGGCGAGGAAGAUCAUGCUAGAGAAACAAAAAAUCAAAGAAAAAUACGGCCCCGAAUGGGACGUAAUGAGUCCCAAACAGCAGGACACCGUCAUCGAUAACUGGAUGAUGGAUCCCAUGAUCCAGGGUCGAUACGCUAUGCACAGAACAGACAGGGUGGUGCCCGUUUGUUAUCCCAAGUUACAGAUCCAGACGGGACAGAAGAUCGUGCACUUUGGAGAAGAGGAUAUUACAUGGCAAGAUGAACACUCUGCACCUUUUUCAUGGGAAACAAGGAGCCAAAUGGAGUUCAGCCUUUCAUCUCCAACUGUACAAGAGAUGGGCAGCAUCUCAGCACAAGGGGACCAGAAACCUCCAGUUAAAACAUCCCAGCCAAUAAAAGCUGUUCCUCAUGGAAACAACCAGCCCAAGAUUUGUCAAAAUGGUAAAAACACCAAUGCAGACACUGUUUUGCCUGCAAGAAAAGAGGAAGAGUCGUCAUUUUGGAAAAUCAGUGCGGAAAGAUCUAGACUUGAAGGAGGGCAGUCAGAAUUUCAGUCUUUAACUCCCAGUCAAAUAAAGUCUCUGGAAAAAGGGGAGAAGCCACUGCCUUCAUACCUUAGACAGGAGUCUUCAUCAAAAGAUAAGGAAGAGUACAAAACAGACAAACAGUUGGCCUCCAAACAAGAAAAGCCUGUCAGCGUCUCUUCAACGGUGGCAGAAUGGGAGAAGUCCCAGACCCCUUAUGCAUCUGUUAGUACUUUUGAAGAAGUUUUCACACCUGCCCCGGACAGCAAAGGACCAGCUACUAAAGAGAAUGAUAAAGAUGAGUCAAUUUUUGAAGAAAACCUGUUUUCUCAGUUCCAGACAAGCAGCAGCGUUUUGAAGACUGGUUUUGAUUUCUUGGACAACUGGUAAAUUCCUACUGACUGUCUGAGACUUCCAAGAACCCCACAACUUACUUUGGCAAAGUGCAACGGAUGACAGUGUAAACAACCAUAAAUUUCAAGCAUUUGUAUUACCAUAAGUAUUCUGUAGUAUUUAAACCGCUUCAAUUUUUAGAAAUACUUUAAAAGCACAGUAGCAGUGCAUGAAGUAUCACUGUAUUUAAGAUUUUUAAUGUAUUAAAAUGCAUGCUUCUUAAAUCUAUUUUAUCUACUUUAAAAUUGAAUUUAUUAUAGGAUUAAGAAAAGUGUUUAUAUGAGUAACAUCCAAAAUAAAUUAAACUCAUACCUCCA